AUGUCUCUUAGGACUAAUGAUAUCGAGAUCGUCCAAACAAAUGCUAGAGAUCUAAUUAGUGAUGGUCAUACUACUAAUAAUAAUAGUAAUGGUAGUAGAAGACAAACAGAACAGUAUUUAUAUUAUAUUCGAUGUAUGAUUGGAUGGAGAAAUAUCAUUUAUACAUGUUUAACAUCAAAUCAAACAUUGGAUGAAAGUCAUUUACUAGAUUUAGCAAAAUUUCUACAAAAUAUGGCUAUUUCUACUCAAAGAUUAUUAGAAGCAAAUGUAGACUUGUGUGUAUUUUGUCGUAACAACAAUGAACCUAAAGAGAUGUAUACUAGUCAUAAAGUUAAAGAUCGUUUUGGUCGAGUAACUUGUCCAAUUCUACGUAAAUUUACUUGUCCAUUAUGCGGUGCUACUAAAGAUCGUGCUCAUACAAUAAGAUAUUGUCCGAGAUUAUUAUUAACAUAUAAUAAUCGAAAUGGUAACAGUAGUGGUGGACCAACUUGUCCUAUGAUUGAAGCUGGUUUGUUGGAACCGAUACAGUUCUCUACAUCGAAUUCAAUUUAAGAAUGAAAUCUACUUGAUAAUAAAAGGACAAUUCAAAUGAAAUAUUUUCCAACCGAUUUAUGAUGAUAUUUAUGAUGAUAUAUUGACUAUUAUUAUUGUUAUUAUUAUUAUCACCAUAAAUCAAUGCUAAUAAAUUAUUCCAUGAUCA